AGCCGUUUCACCACUUUCCUUAUAUGGCUAGCUCAUGCUGCUGAUGUGAAUUCAGUCGCAUUUGUCUGUUAUAACCAUAGCUUUCUCCUCAAGCUUUGGAAGGAUCUGAGAGCUAGGGUUUAAUUAGGAUAUAUGGGGAGAGGAAAGAUCGUGAUAAGGAGGAUCGACAAUUCAACGAGUAGGCAAGUGACGUUCUCGAAGCGAAGGAAUGGUUUGCUGAAGAAGGCGAAGGAGCUUGCGAUUUUGUGCGAUGCUGAGGUAGGAGUUAUGAUCUUCUCCAGCACUGGCAAACUCUACGAUUUCGCCAGUACCAGCAUGAAAUCAGUAAUUGAUCGAUACAACAAAACAAAAGAAGAACUUAAUCAACUUGGGAGUUCAGCCACUGAAAUUAAGUUUUGGCAAAGGGAGGCAGCAAUGUUAAGACAACAGUUGCAUAAUUUGCAAGAAAGUCACAGGCAAAUGCUGGGGGAAGAACUGUCAGGUUUGACUGUAAAAGAAUUACGGGGUUUGGAGAACCAACUGGAAAUUAGCCUUCGCGGUGUCCGUAUGAAAAAGGAUCAACUUUUAAUGGAUGAAAUAGAGGAAUUAAAUCGAAAGGGAAGCCUCAUACACCAAGAAAAUGUGGAACUGUAUAAGAAGGUAAACCUAAUUUGUCAGGAAAACGUGGAAUUGAAAAAGAAGGUCUAUGGAACAAAGGAUGAGAAUGGAACAAACAGAAAUUCUGUCCUUUCAAAUGGUCUAGGCAUAGAAGAGGAUUUGGAAGUACCUGUGAAUCUCCAACUAAGCCAGCCACAGCAACAACAUUACGAGUCACCUUCAGGAACUACAAAAUUAGGCAGAUUGCAAUUGCACUGACGCAUUUACAGGAGAUAAGUGCUUCUUGAUUGCUAUCAAGAAAAAUGGACUCAUUUUAAUUUUGAUGCUUUCCUAUAAACAAUGUGGCAUAUAUGCCACAAACCAUUUAGCU